GAAAAACUUGUGAACAACAGAUGUCUUGUCAGAAGAUUGACAGACUCUGUAUCGACAUACGUCCAUGAGGGAUUAAGGGCUUGGAUGUGUAAAAGCCAAUGAUUGACCUUUGAGGAAAACAGCAUGACUUCACCAGAUGAAGAACUUUUGCAUCACUCAAAAUUACAAGAGGAGGAUCUACCACACCAAAGACCAGGUGUCCCCCCAGCAGUUCGACCAAGAUGCAAGAAAGAAAUAGCUGCUCCACCAGCAGUUCCACCAAGACGUAAAAGAGAAAUAGGUGUUCCACCAGCAGUUCCACCAAGACGUAAAAGAGGUCAUCUGCUAUCAUUUCUUAGCAAAUUGGGUCUUUUGGAAUUGUAUCCAAAUAAACUCACUCUCAGUUCUUUACUGGAGAUAAGCGAUGGAACAAUGUUAGACAAAAAGGUGGAGUCUCUCAAAGAUGUCCCUCUGGCUUUCAUAAGAAAACUACUGAUGAUCAAUACAAAGUGCCGGAAUCACACAACCGCAGACUCUGGUGGCAAUGAGGAGGAGGAGGAGGAGGAAGUCAAUCCCUUGGAUCUGGUUACCGCGCUCUACCUUUGUGCUGACAGCUUUUUGCAGCAAGAAAUGUCCAUCAAGAUGUCAAUGUGCCAGUUUGCUGUCCCUUUUCUAUUACCUUGCCCUGAUAAUAAUCAGUGCACACUCAUGGUAUGGGCUCUUAGGAAUAUUUACAAAGAGUGGCGACCCCAUGACCUUAUGCACAACAAAAACCAUUUAGAGGACAGUGUGGUGCAUGCACCCAUACCUCUCCUUACCUUUGUUCGUCUGAAAGACUGUAGACUCUCCAAAUCCCAAUUUAUCAAUCAUAUCCUGAGUACACAACAAAGUAUACAUUUCACACACAGAGACAUGGAUGGAGGAAAUGUCCCAAAGAAGAUCGCAAAUGGCCUGGUGGAGAUUGCCUGGUGUCUUCCAUGUGGACAGAGCAACAUUGAUGUGUUUCCUGAACCUGUGGCAAUAGUUAAUAUGAGGGGAGACAUACUUUCCAAAGAAACACAAUUCAGUUUCCUCAUGCAGGUGUCUACUGCAGUUUUUGUGUUCUUUGACACAAUGACCCAAGAGGAGGAGAGGUUGUUGGAUUUACAGGGCCCUCUAAAGUCCAAACUGUUUUUGGUGAUGAAUUCUGAAAUGGAGGGACAUCAUUCAAAGUCUGUUGAUACACUGAAACUCCAGGAAAAUCAUGUACUAAUUCGGAAACGGAACCUCAACAUGGCAAAGUUCUCCAAGCAGAUAAUUGGUGCCAUAACAACAGCCUUGGAAGCGUGCAAGAAAAUUAACAUAGAGGAAAUGUCACACAUCGCACAUGAUUUGGGGAUCUCUGUGGACGAAUGUAAAAAUAAGGCCUCACAGUCAGCAAAGCUUGCAGCUGAUAACAUAAUGGAAGGCAUUGGGGUUCGUCCAAUAGCUGACUACAAGAAGAAACAGCUGCCUCUCCAAAGUGAAUACUUCAAAAAAAUAGCUGAAAUUGAGAUGGAGGAAUGCAGACUACAGAACGCAGGUGAUCUCAGUCUAGAAGAAUACAAGGCUCAACUUCUUGGGGAAAAAUGUACAUUGAGAAAAAGACAAGGCAGCAUCAGGACUGCAAAAGCAAUGGAGCAGUUCAUUCAAGCACUGUCUCUACCACAGACAAAGAGCAGAGAACAUUCUUUCUCAAGUGGAUGUCACUGAAACUAGAUAGGAAAUCUCACUUAACAGUACUUCGCAAAAAAAUCAAAGAAACAGGCCAGGGAAAGGACAACAUAUCAACAGUAGAGAUUGAUCAGCAGC